AUGAGUAUUCAGAGCAUAACAGCAAAAGGAGGUAAAAAGACCGCUGUGGCAGUUAGCACAUGUAAGAACACUGGGAAAUUUGAGGUUACAGUUAACAAAAGGCCACUACACUUAUUCAACCCAAAGAUGAUUCUAUCCAAGGUCAUGGAGUUAUUUACUAUUCUUGAUAAGAAGUACUACGAAGGACUAUCAUUCACUGUAGAAGUACGAGGAGGAGGUGAUGUAGCUAAAUUAUACGCAGUAAGACAAGCACUAGCCAAGUCUUUAAUCGCAUACUACGGUAAGUAUGUAGAUGAGCAACUUAGAGCAGACAUAAAAGAAAUGAUAGUUAAGUACGAUAGAUACAUGGUAGUAACUGACUCAAGAAGAAAGGAGCCAAAGAAAGCAGGAGGACCAGGUGCCCGUGCAAGAUACCAGAAGUCUUUCCGAUGAGGGGAAUAAAUGCCU